UGAGCUCAGCGCCCGGGGUUCUUUAAAUGGGACCUCGGCGUCCGGGACUCCGCUGCGGCUCAGGGCAGGUCCCGGACGCCGGGGUUCCCCAGGGCGGCCCCUGGCGGCGAAGCGUGGCGUUGACAGGUCUCAUGCCCCACGACGCUGCCCCACCCAGGAUGUCAGUGCCCCUAGCCGAGUUCCCCACCAGCCCCCUGGCCCUGGAAUAUCUCAACGAUUUUGACCUGCUGAAGUUUGAGGUCAAGCGUGAGCUGGCGGGCCCAAUGGGCGGGGCCUCCCUGGGCCCCUCCCCCUGCAGCUCAGUGCCACCCUCCCCCACGCUGAGCGAAGUGGGGAUGGGGGAUGGAGGGGACCCCAAGGCAGGGCUGGAGGAGCUCUGCUGGCUGGCAGCGCUGCACCAGCAGAUGGCCGGGGGCGGGGAGGGGCUGGGGCUGAGCCCAGAGGAAGCAGUGGAGGCCCUGCUGGGGGGGGCAGCCGAGGGGGGGUUCUGCCCCGGGGGGCUGCUCCAGCCGCAACAGCAGCUCCCGCCGCUCCGCGACCGGCUCUCGGACGAGCAGCUCGUGGGCAUGUCGGUGCGGGAGCUGAACCGGCGGCUGCGGGGCGUCGGCAAGGACGAGGUGCUGCGGCUGAAGCAGAAGCGGCGCACGCUGAAGAACCGCGGCUACGCCCAGUCCUGCCGCUUCAAGCGGGUCCAGCAGCGCCACGUGCUGGAGGCGGAGAAAUCCCGGCUGGCCCGCGAGCUGGAGGCCCUGCGGGGGGAGCUGGCCCGGCUCGCCCGCGAGCGCGACCUCUACAAGGCCCGCUGCGAGAAGCUCCUGCCCCAGGCCCCCUCGCCCUCCCAGGGCUUCCUCUGAGCCGCCCCCGGGCGUGGGGCGCGGACACUGGGGAGGCGGCCAGCAGGGGGCGCUGCUCUGCUGAGGCCUCGGGGGGUGUCCUUCCGCCUGUGGCCAGCAGGGGGCGCUGCUCUGCUGAGGCCUCGGGGGGUGUCCUUCCGCCUGUGGCCAGCAGGGGGCGCUGCUCUGCUGAGGCUUCGGGGUGUCCUUCCGCCUGUGGCCAGCAGGGGGCGCUGCUCUGCUGAGGCCUCGGGGGGUGUCCUUCCGCCUGUGGCCAGCAGAGGGAACCCACUGGCUCAAUGACGUCUCCAGGCUCUCCACAGUCCCAGCGGUGUUAUUCCCUUUUGCCACCAGGGGGAGUGUGACUGGGACCUGUGGGGGGAGCAGGGGAUUUUGGGGGUGACUGUGGGGUUCCCCCUUCCUGCCUCCCGAGGGGAGUAAGUUGUAGGGGGAGGGAAUUUUUUUGAGAGCCCGAUCAACGUUUGUGUGGAUUGUGAUGGGGGCGGCGGUAGGUGUGGGGGACCCUCCCUCUGACAAUGGGAGUGUGUGGGGGGGCUGGACUCACCUGUUGCAUGCCGGUCAUGCCCACCGAUGCUGCACCCCAAAAAGCAGCACCAGCAGCCAAGCACCCUGUGUACCCCCCAUUGCCUCCCCAGCUCCCUCAGAGCGACCCUCCGCACCCAUGGCUGGCCACUUCCUGUACCCCAAUAUCAGCCCCCUGCACCCGGCCAGGGGGGUGCACCAGCCAGUCCUACACCCCACUACCAACACAUGCCCCCCUACUGCAGUGCAUCAGCAAGCCACCUCCUGGGGCCCCCCCAUAUUGAGCCUCAAGCCUCCCUGCUCCCCAAUAUUGGAAGUGAGCUCAGACCUGCGCUGCACCCCCUUAUGACGCCCUGCUCCUCAGGAUUGGAGUACGUCAGCCAAAGACCCCCCAUCCUCUCCCUACUGGACCACCAGCCCCUCCCCCCCAAAAUCCACUCUCUAUUGAUGCCCUGCCCCCCAACAGUGGGGUGCUCCCACCAGCCAACCCCUCAGGACCCCCAAGUGCCCUGGGAUCCCCUCAGCACAAUAGCAGCCUCUAGGAGCCCCAGGGACCCCCUGAGAGCACCCAGUGCGCCCUACUUCCACUCGGCGGGCCCUAGCACCCUCGAAGUCUAGGGGCGGGGCUUGUGGGGGGUCCCUGCGCCCCCUGCUGGAGGCGCACGACCCUGCCCUGGGUGUGGGGGGGUUAGUAUUUUAGCCCCCCACAUUCUGCUUUAGUCUUAAAGUCCCACGGCCCCACAAAUGCUGCUGCCCCCUGACCAUCCCUCUCCAGGAGGCGGGCUACCUGCGGAGCCCCGCCCACGGGGCGGAGCUUGUGGGGGCACAAGGGGCGGGGCCAGAGCCGUUGCUCCCCUCGCAGCUUUCCAAUGUCGUUGUAGAAUAAACAUCACCGGACCCCACCGAGCCCGGCGCUGGCAGUUCUUGUGGGCUGGGGGUGGAGCCUAGAGAGGGGGAGUGGCCUAGGGAAGCCCCACCCCUCGGGCGUAUCAGCCCCGCCCCCAAUCCCCCUCCUAUGCAACAUCCUCUCCCAGAGGAAGAUACCAGCUCUGGGCAGCAGGUGGCCCGAGGAUUCCGGGCG